GCUUUUAGAUCGGCUAGUCGACCGUUGCAUGCCUUCUCCCGCUUCGACGGUCUUAUUUUGCUCUUAGUGCUCUGCUACUGAAAGAUCUGUAUCUUUGUGCUUCUGCUUAUUGUUAUUUUUUAUGUGAUUUUCCAUGGGCACGAAUAAGGGCCCCGAGAUCUUCUCCUACCGUCAGAAAUGGGACAAGAUCUUCGACGGUUUGGUGCAUAUGUUGCAGAGCCAACAGGCACAGCUCGAGACCCUCGCCAAAGAGAGGAAACUUCUGGAAGAACGUAUCAGAGCUCAACACGAACGGUGGGUCUCCGAUUUAAGCCUCUACGAAGACCGAAUUUCUCAGAUUAAAGGGGUUUUGGUAGUUCAAGAAAUGGCACGCUCGCUCGAGGCGACUAAGUCAGAUUUUGCCAUGAGUUUGAAGCGAAGAGAGGCUUUUCUCGAUAACCUGAAAUUAGAACAUGCAGAGAGUGACUUGUCAGAUUUCAAAGCAUUGCUUGAUUACCUUUCUCAUAAAUCCUCUGACCCAAAAGAUCUUUCUCUGAGAAAAGUUGGUGAUAUGGAGGGAGAAGAGCGGUGCUCUAAGCUAUUGGAAGGUGAAAUAAGGAGACUAACGCAUGAAUAUGAGAAGCUUGCCUCAGAAAAGAGUUCAGAGGUUUCUGCACUGUUGGCGGAGAAGAACUUUGUAUGGAAUCAGUAUAAGAUAAUGGAAAAUGAUUACAACAGUAAAUUAAGGAGUAAUCAUUCUGAAGUUACGCAAGCAAAUGAGACGAUAAAGAAGCUUCUUGGAAAUAUGGAGCGACUGCAGUCACUGAAUGAUAAAAAGGAUGAGAUGAUUGCAAUAUUAACAAAUAAAGUGGCUAAAAUGGAGGCUGAAAUGAAUAAAUUAAAUGACGAAACUUCCAAAUUCUCCCAGGAGUUGGAUUUUUUAAGGACGUCUAGAAGCACUGCUGCAGUCACACCUGUUUUAAAUCAUUGUAUGGUAGGAGCUAAACCUUAUUUGGGAGCAAAGAAUAGUGGCAGGGGUAGAAGUAACAUUAAUGCCAAAAAAGAAUCAUCUGCUGCACGAGGCCCUGAUUCUGUGAAGGACAAUGAACAGGGAAGCAGAGGCUUUAAGAGAAAGGGAAUCAAUGUUACCAUUUUUGAGACCCCAAAAUUGUUCUCAUCCAACUUCAAGGUUCCAAAGCUGAAGACGCAUAUAAGAUGACUCUUGGACAACAUUUUUGAGUCUUUCAAUUUGGAGAGGUUAGCUAGGUCAUCAAUGUAUUUGUGUUUUGGCUUUACUUGUGGCUGGUGUUGUUAUAUAUGAAUAUUCUUGUGUAUGUUAUCAUUUCUUAGUCGUGGUCU